CCCUCUGACUGGGCUCUGGCCAGUCACCGAACGUCGUCUUCUGUCCCUCAGUUUUGUUUGAAGCACUGCCAGUAGCCAAGCUGGAGGUAAAAAUAGCCCAUGAGAAGCUGCCUGUUACUCGACACUGCGUGGUUCUUCUCCUACGUAGCUUUGCUCUCCCACCCCACUCUCCCCCACCAGGUUUCUACUUGCCUAAGAGAGAUUUAAGUGCGUUUUACAGACACUUUGGGAUUCUCGUUCAGCUCCUUUUUGCCUAUUUGGGCAGAUCUUGGCAGGGAAAGGUUUGGCUCCUGUAACUUUUACUAUCACAGCUCUCCUUCCUGCUCAAAAGAAAGAACCCUCCAAGGAUAUAAAUUACAGGAAGUGUCGUGGUUAAGCAAACUACGGAGAAAUUGAACCUGCCUGGGAAAAUUGGAUUGGCUGAAGGCAGCACCAUGUUCUUCGGGCCCUGAUUUUAAGAAACCUGGACACCAAAGAGGCUCCCACUGAGAGAACAAGAGUUUGCAAGGUGACAUUGCAGGCCAUUCUAACCAUGAUGUUGGUUUGUCAUGUUGGAGGUUGUCCCAGACAAUGUUGCAGGUAGUUGUUACUGUGGUCAACAGAUCCUGGAGCACAGGGGAGCUGCCAGAGGACUGGAAAAGAGCUGAUGUAGUUCCCAUCUUCAAAAAAGGAAAAAAAAAACAGAUCCAGGAAUCUACAGACCUAUCAGCCUGACCUCAAUACCGGGGAAGAUUCUGGAAAAGAUAAUCAAGCAACGAAUCACCGAACACCUAGAAGCAAACAAAUUGCAGACUGAAAGGAUCUACGGAACAUAAUGAAAUAUGUAGCUUGGAAAAGCUUUCCCCCAAAAUAAUUUCCACUCAUCUUUACUGGUGAGCCUCAAAGGGGCACUCAGAAUACAAGAAGAUCAAAACUUCCACAGGGUCUGUUAACACAACAGACUGUGCUUCCUUAUGAGAAAUGAAUAUAAAAUUGCAGAUUAUUGAAGAAAAGUUAACCCCAAGUUGUGAACAAUGCUCAAGAAACACUAGCUCCAAAAGUCAACCACCCAUUUCAUUAAUGACUCCUAUGGACCAUGCAGGGGAAUAAGAAACAAGCAGAAGGGCAGAGUGACUCCUCCAGCAUUGGAAGUCUGCUGGAUGACGCCGACAGAGAAGUUUGCAGCCUCACCGACCGAGCUUUCAAAAGUCUGUGCGUGGCUGAGCUUCAAACCCCUUACACGGAUGUAGAUCCUGUUGUGGGGCCACCCAACAUCUCCCAUCAGUUCUCUAGCAAAUUCUUUCACGGCCCCUGGGAUUAUGCCCUCAGGAAAAACACCAACUUCCACAAGCAACUAUCAAAAAAGGAGCACGCAACAUUCCUACUUUCCAAAGUUUCUACUAACUCCAAAACUCAUGAAGAUAAAAAGUGUUCUAUAGUCAACCCAAGCAUAAGAAGAAAAUUGGAUUUGCCACGGUCUGAGCUGCACAACUGUACACAUAUCUCAAAAGUGUCUUCUUUGAUAAAGACCUUUGAUAAGGUUGACAAUCAGGUCUCACUACUGAUAGCCAGGCAGCCAGUCAACAAUAGUUUGACAGAAUGUCCAUUAAUAUGUGGAGACAAUAUGGCUUUCUGGAGUGACAAAAGAAUUUUAAACAUCCAAAAGGGGAUCUCUGAACUUCCCGACCCAUCUCCAAGCAAAGCAAAUCCAAGCGAUAAGCGCAAAGGAUAUAGCAAAAUAGAUCUGGUCUAUCAAAGCCUGCCUGUCUCUCAUCCUUCUCAGGCAAACGUUUCGAAUACACCCAAGUUCAGCAUCUCUAACAAGACAGGGAAAACCAGAAGUGGGAAAGCGAAAGAAUUUGCCAGGAAAAGUAGCUUUCUCCACAGUGAAAACAGUGCUUUUGAGUCAUGGAACGCACACCAUAAAAAAAUAAUUGAAAUGGGAGAGACGAUGCCCACAGAUGACAGCCUCGGUUACUUUGAGGAAACGCCUUUCUUUAACAAGCCUUGCAUUUCUGAGCCGAAACCAAUAGGUGCCUUCAUGCUAGAAGAAAGCUUCUCCGAUGACUCCUCGCCAAAGUCUCUCUCCAAAGCCACCCUCUCUUCGGUGCCUCUGGCAGAGGUAUAUUUUCCUUCACCGGCUGAUGCAAAAUGUACAGUUGCCCAACAGCAGUUACCCCGGGGACUUGCACCUGUGUACGAGGGUCCUUCUGCAACCUCCCCCACAUCUAGCACAGCUUUCCCACCAAGAAUGUCCCCCUCAGUCCCAGUGUCCAAGGCACCAGUCCCCCUGUCACCUUUGCCUCAAGUCUCUGUCCCUCCAGAAGCAGCAUUCCACCGCACUGAUACGCAGGAAAGUGCAAGGCCACACAUUACUGAACUAGCAGAGAAAACCACCAAGCCAGAAUUUGCACCUAGGGUAGGAAAUGGUGGCCCACCACCUUGGAGGAAACAAAAGACUACUCUCAGUAGAAUGAAACUGGCAGAAGUCAGAGCAGCCGACGUGUUAGAAAUAAAAGAUUCCACGUACAGAAAAUCCCCCGAGGCCGUCCCUUUGAUCGAAACAGCUGUGCCCGAGUCAGGUGUGAUCUUGUCUGAUCCUUCCUUCAGCAUCUCGGCCCUCUUGACUCCGGUCCCACCGCUGAAGCCUAAGAAUGAAGGAUCACCAGGAAACCGGCUUCUAGUGGUGACUCCAUUCAUACUGGAAGCUGGAGCAACCAAAGAACCCGAGGAGAGGGCAUUUUAUUCUCAGAAUGAUUACAAGUCUAAAGCUCCACGUUUACUAUUUAACUUGAAGGACAUCCGAAAGCGUGUGAAAAGCACUUACAGCCCCUCUCCUCUCCUGAGAGCCCUGGAAGACAAAAGCAAGAUGAAAGACCACCAGGUCCAUCUGAAAGCAACUGUUAUGGCAACCAGUGUAUUGGAUGAUAGCAAUAAAAACAUACUUGGUGGUACUGAUAAAGUUAAUAUAUUUGAACAAAUGGAUUACAUUCAGGAAAAGGACAAUUUCACCAGUUUAAAUGAGAAUUUUAUCAGUGAUGAUGUACUGUUGAGCUUAUCUAAGACAAGGGCAGGUAUUUUAAAGUACCAAAAUAAGAAUCAUUCGCAGCAAAGCAAUUCCGUAUACACAGAGGACGUUGAGAUGGUUUCUGUGCAUGAACACAGUAAAACUCAACCUGCUCCUUUACCCAAACCUCACCUGACAGAUGUGGCAGCCAUACAGCAAGAGGUCGUGCAGGAACAUAAAUAUAAAAAAGUCACUUUGGGUCAAGAUGCCGAUGAUGCUUCUAGAAAUCUAUUUUAUCCAGCUGAAGAAAAGACAAGCAACCAUGGAACUCAGGCCUGCUCCUCUAAUGCAGCUGGAAAUGACCACAAGGACAAAAGAAGCCCCAGUUCUUCUGAGCAAUCUUUUGUUACCACGGCAGACCAACCAUUUCAUGACACACCCUGUUCUUUAAUGCAGCUUUUCCAGAAAGCCUGUCUCCAGGAGAGCCAGAGAAGGAAAAACGACAUGGAUGGAAGAGAAGAGCAAAGUAGCAAAGAGAAAGAGAAAGCCAAGAAAAAAGAUAUGCAUAGCCACCUUCUUAGCAACUGUGACUCUGCUAUGGAUGAAACAGACAAGGAGAAGAAUGAAAAGGAGAAUGUCCUGCGAGAGGUGGUGUUGGAGGAGAAGGAAAAAGACGGCUGGAACAGCACAGACCGUGAAGCUGAAAGCAAGCCAGGAGAGCCCCUCACCCCAACUCUAUCAAGUGUGUUGAAGCCCACUUUGUUCGUGAUUAAAGACAACACGUUUAAGUCGCCACCUGUGACUAAAGCAAUCAAGCUGCCUCUGCUCAGGUCUUUGUCCUGUGAAGAAGCCACUCCAAUUGCCCAAGAGAAUCCCAAGAAUGCGGAGGAGGAGGAGGAGGAGGACGGGUGGGAGUCCCUCCAAGGGAACAGGGGCUUAACAAUAAAUUAUAGCUUUAGCGAAGGAUUAGAUCAUUUUCCUAUGAUGGCAGAUUCUGAAGAAACUGAUUGUUUAUCAGUGUUACCAGAGAAAGAAUUAAAAAGCCCUGAGAAAUUAACUAUUUCCAAAGAGAAGAUCAGAAUUAGAAAACUGAGGUCCAGUUCUGCCAUUCAGCCAAAUCUAGACUUUGAAAGUGAGCCAAGACAAAGUGAGGAAAGGUCCCCUAUAAGAGAAAGGAUACAUUAUAUGAAGAACCGUGCCUUAACUAGACAAAGAGGUGGUCCUUGCAUUAAAAAAAUAAUAAGCCAAGAGGGAAAGUCCCUCAUAGUAGCAGAGAAUUAUGCUGGUUCUCCUGUUUCCAGUGAUGCCUUCGGAUAUACAUCUUCUCCAUUGAGUAAUUCAGCAGAUUCCGCCCUACAAAGUCCAAGGUCAGAUACUGUGGUGCCAUCAGCUUCCAUUGGUCUAUUGUCAGAUACAACUGCAAACGUCAACAUAUCGCAGACUGAAAAAGCAGCAAAUUAUCCACUACACAAAGCAACAGGAAGACUAGAUCAACCUUCCACCACACCCACAUUUGAUCCAGAACAAACGGGUCAGCUCCCUGGAGAUGCUGACAGUCCUUUGGGGACGAAUGAAAGACUCCAGCUGGUGGGUCAAAUGGGAAGGACAACAGCCAAACCCCCAACGGUGCCACCCAAGACAGAAAAGGCAUUACGGAGGGCAAAGAAGCUGGCAAGUAGGAGGAAAAAAAUGGAAGCUCAACAGAAAAAGCUUCAGGAUGAAAAUCUAGCCCAGAAUGAAGAUGCUUCAUCCCUGACACCAGUCCAAUCUCUGCGGUCUCUUGUCUGCCCUGAUUCUCUCUUGACUGCCCCAAAAUGUGAUCUGAUAAAGCAUCAACCUCUGCUCUCCGUCAGCCCCACCCCCUCUUUGCCUGCCACUCAGCGGAAGCUGCUCCAGGAUCCAGAUUCAGGGGAGUACUUUAUGGUAGAUUUACCUCUUCGGUUAAAGAUGUUUUAUGACCCAGAAAGUGGUAGAUAUAUCCAAGUGUCAGUUCCUUCCUCCAAAAGGAACUUGUCUCAAACACCCUCUUCAGAAAUGUUCUUUUCUCCUUGUGCCUGGGGUCCCAGCACUCUCCCGCCCAGAGUGGCUUCUGUUCCAGCCCUCCCAUCAUCAGCUCAGCUUUCUGAAACGUUUACGAAGGCCUCAGGGCUGGUUUCAGAUGAACAACCGGAGGCCACCUCUCCAGGAUCUCUAGAUGGUCCACCCUGCCCAGAUUCAGCUCUGCUUGAUAUUCAUAGCCAAAAUGUCGAUGGAUCCCCCUCAAACUUUGGAAAGGAUAUGAGCACCUUGGCUACUACAGAGAAUGUUUCGAUGGGUUCAGCCGAAGAGUUUGCGGUUGAAGGCAUUUUGUGAGAAUCUUUGGUGUUUGCUCUUAUUUUAGAAGAAUUACUAUGCAUACCUGAAAGCACAAAUGGUGAGGGUUUCCACUUGCACAGCAAUUAUAACAAAAUAAUAUCACUUCUCAGCCUUUUUGCAAAGAUCAAAUGUAGAAUAAGAAAAUAUAUUAAUGCAAAUUCACUUUUUUGUUUACUCUGAACAAUUCUAAUCUAUUAAUGACCUUUCUGUACAUUUAAUGUACAAUACAAAAAUACUGACUACCUAAGGGUUGGGUUGCAGCGAUCUGAAGUCAUACCUCACGGCUCAGUUAUUCAUGGUCAAAAACAUAAUUCUGAGUUCAGACAUCAGGUUUUAUAUUAUUUGAAGAGGAAUUGGAAUAUAACAUAAGAUUUUGAAAUUGAGUGAUUGAAUUAUAUUUGGUUAAUAUAUUUGAAAUGAAAUAUGUCCACAUUUUUCCAUUGCUUAUUAUGAUGGCAACACAAUGGUGAAGAAAAACUAGCAUUUAAAAAAAAAAAAUCUGUACAUUUGCAAAACUGUUUAAAAAAAGAAAGACCAGACAAAGUAAUAGAUCUAGCUAACCUCUGUGUACCCUCACCUUGAGCGGCCAUGAUCUGCCAUCUUAUAGGUUUUGAUCUAAAACUCCAGGAGGACCCUAGAUGGUCAGCCUCUGCUGAUGAAGCUGGAAAUUAAGAAAGAAGAGCAGAAGUGGGCUACAGGUAGCUACGGGGGCCCUCAAUAGCCUAACGGUGGCCAUUGACAAAAAUCGGUUGUGAGGUUUCUGGCUGUUUUAAGACUGGAAAUCCACAGCUUGUAUCGUAUCACCUUAAAAUAGACUUUAUGCAAAUAAAACCCACAAAUUCUACUAUGUCACUUUAAUGUAGACUUUAUGUAAACUCACAUACAUACGGGCACAGGAAAAUUCUAGAAUUGCCCAUUUCACAUCACCAUCUUGUGAACUGGAUCUUAAGUUUUUCUACCCAAAGAAUCCCCUUCUUCCCCAAAUCUCUGAAGAUUUUGCAACCAUUAUUUUUCUGCCAGGGGGUAAACUAGCAAGAUGGAAAGAAGACUGGAGAAUAUUAAACUCCUCCCUCCGCCACGUGUCCUUGUUUAAAUUCCUUAUAUAAUUAACCAGCCUAAUUUCCCCCCAAAGAUGGAGAUAAGAUACAUCUCAGGAAACAGGACUGGAGGACUGAAACUCUCUCUGUUGAACUUCUACCACUUCUCUCCGUUUGCUCUCCUUCCUAUACCUGGAUCAGGAAAGCCAGUUUCCAAGAGGCUAGAAUGGACUGCAAUGUCCCUUUGGGUAUAGGGGUGGGGGAGUAGGGGCUCCUGACUGAAAUCAGCUCUUGUGAUGUGCUCCCACAUUAUAAUCAUUCAGAGCUUCCGUUAAUUGUUGGCCACAUUUCUGGGAUGUGAACAUCCCAGAUGUUCAAACAACAGAAAAGUUGAGUUGAAAAAAAUAGUGUUUUUUUGUAGUGUUGACUGUCCCACUGAAAAUCUUGUUUGUAACUAUGCAAGUCUUUAUUUCCUGUAUGAGAUUCCUCAGGCGGUGAAAUCAAGAUAUCCACAAAUAUUAUCUCAGUUUGCUUCUAAACCUAACUGGAAUAGUUAGCAUUCUCCAUACAAGUGUCUCGGGAUGAAACAAGUUUGAAUCUUACUAGCGCAUGCUGCCGUUCAGGAGCUUGGGAGUAAGGGAGGAUUAACACUAUAAAAGCUGCUCUUUUCCUUCUGUUGUUUGAAAGAAGAACACCGCAGGAAUCUGGUCCCCAGCAAAGCAAAGCUGUAGAUCAUAUUUUGGAUAUCUAUUAGCUGUUAGGAAACAUUAAGUUGGGAGAGCUCCAUGUGUGCACACAUGUCUUAUUUUAAGUUUCAAAAGGGAAGGUCUGAUCUCAGAGGCAUCGUAGGCUCCAAUGGGAGAAAGGGGAGCCUACAGACAGCUCAGUCAGGACUUCUCACAAAUGGAGCAAUGCUACAUUCAGUUGUCUGCCUUUUUUCUUGACUAAUCUUGCCUGGUGAAAAGCUCUUGGAUUUCAAAAACUUGCAAAUUUUAUAACACUUCAAUAAGCCAAAUAAAAGUAUUGCCUCCAUGGAAUUGGGAUUUUUAUUUCUUGUGCCCAAU